AUGUGUGAAACAAAGUCAGGCACUGACUAGUUCUCAUCUGUUGAUCACAGUUAACUUGAAGCCUCAAAACAGGGGGAAGCUGUCAGAUCUGCAUUCAGAGAUAAGGCACUUGAAUCCAGGCAGCAACUGGAAACUUUGCAGAAGCAGGAAAUACUCUGGAAGGAAACUAUAAGAAAUGGAAUUUCUUUUUACUUAGAAUUAAAAGAGGAAAAAAUCAAAACUUGAGCUACUUUUUCAUCAGCUAAACAUGCUCUUCUCUAGCUAAGCUGGGAUUCUGCAUAAUAAAGGAUCUACUUUAUCUCACCGGAUCCACGCUAUCUUUUAUUACAGUAAGUGCAAUAUUAACAGGCAUUUUCUAUUUUGUCUGCAAAUAGAGAGGAAAGCAUGAAACGGCAUCAGUGAAAUGUGAGAGGAACAAAAAAAUCCUUCUGGCAGAUAGUAAAAACCAGUGCUUUGCUGCAACCCAAGGACUGGAAACUGAGAAAGAUCCAAGUGAUAUUUAACAUGACCAUCUGUAUCAUUUUGUCACCAACAGUAUGUUCUUGAGGAAGAAAUGCAGAUAUGGAUCACGUAAGCUGCAGUUUCUCUUGUUGCUGAUGCUGGGCUUUUUGCUACUGAUGGUUACAAUGCUGAAUCCACCACCCAGCAACCAGAGCAAGGAAGGGACCUUCCAGCCUGUGGAGUUCAACCCCCGGGAAGGGUAUCAGGUGGACUUUGUGGAGACCCAAGAGAUGCUGGAGACUCAGGAGGAAAGCCAGCAGUACUACCCUUUGGAUGGGCUGUCACCUUUCAUCUCCCUGCGGGAAGACGAGUUGAUUGCAGCCAUCAUGUCACCUGCCGCCAAGAGGAACCACAGCAAGGCCAGGAAGGGCUAUCGCAUGGUCAAGCAGCAGAGCAAACAGCUGGAGGCACAGCCGGAGGGGAGGGCAGAGGGGGACGCCGAGACCCAGCUCAUUGCCCUUCCUCUGCAGGAUGGGAAAGGGGCUGACACCGGGGAGUGGGUGCUUGGCCUGGAAACCCACGGCUUUAACGAAGCGCUCAGCGAGCGGAUAUCUCUGCGCAGGGAGCUGCCUGAGGUACGACAUCCGUUGUGCCUACAACAAGAAUAUGACUCCAGUCUGCCUACUGCUAGUGUCAUCAUCUGUUUCCAUGACGAAGCCUGGUCCACUCUCCUCAGAACGGUGCACAGCAUUAUGGACACAGCCCCGAAGGCAUUCCUCAAGGAUAUCAUCCUAGUAGAUGAUCUCAGUCAGCAAGGGCCCCUGAAGUCAGCCCUGAGUGAGUACAUCUCUAAGCUGGAUCGUGUAAAACUGAUCCGGAGCAACAAGAGACUUGGAGUUAUCCGAGGUCGGAUGCUAGGAGCUGCACGGGCAACUGGGGACGUGCUUGUCUUCAUGGACUCCCACUGUGAGUGUCAAAAGGGCUGGCUGGAACCCCUCUUAGCCAGGCUGUCCAGCAACAGAAAUAGUGUCGUCUCCCCUGUCAUAGAUGUCAUGGACUGGAAGACUUUUCAGUACUAUCACUCUGCGGGUCUGCUUCGAGGUGUUUUUGAUUGGAAACUAGAUUUCCAUUGGGAACCAGUGCCAGAUCAUGAAGAGAAGGUACGACAGUCUCCCAUCAGCCCUAUCAGGAGUCCUGUGGUUGCUGGUGCAGUAAUUGCCAUGGAUCGACAUUACUUCCAAAACACUGGAGCUUAUGAUUCUGACAUGACCUUGUGGGGGGCAGAAAAUCUAGAGCUAUCUAUAAGGACCUGGCUCUGUGGUGGCUCUGUGGAAAUCAUUCCGUGCUCCCGUGUUGGCCAUGUCUAUCGAAAUCACUUUCCACGCGCUUUCUCCUAUGAAGAGGCCAUUGUGAGGAACAAAAUCCGAAUAGCAGAGACCUGGCUGGGUUCUUUUAAAGAGAAUUUCUACAAGCAUAACACAGUGGCUUUCUUAAUCAGCAAGGCAGAGAAGCCAGACUGCAGUGAGCGCCUUCAGCUACAGAAGAGACUGGGCUGUAGAAAUUUCCAUUGGUUUAUAUCAAAUGUGUUCCCUGAACUCUCCCAACCUGAAGACACGCUGAAAUUCUCUGGCAAGCUUUACAAUACUGGUGUUGGUUCCUGUGCAAAUUACAGACCUGGAAGGGCCAUUGAAGAAGGCUCUAUUGAACUCUCCCCUUGCAGUGACAGUCUCACCCAGCACUUUGAAUAUAAUAGCAUGAAGGAAAUCCGGCUUGGUUCUGCUCCGCUGUUUUGCUUUGAUGUCAGACACGGGAAAGUUAUCCCUCAAAACUGUACAAAGGAAACAGACAACAGCCAGCAGCACUGGGAUGUCCAGGAGAAUGGAAUGAUUGUCCAUGUACUUUCUGGCAAAUGCAUAGAGGCAGUGAAGAGUGAAGAUGGGAAGGACUUGUUUUUGUGUGCAUGUAACAAGAAAGCAAAUCAGCUUUGGCAAUUUGGACAUUCCCACGUGCUAGAGCAGAGAUGACCGACAGGUCUCUGGGGAGAUCAAGUCUCCAAAGUUUAGCAUUACUUCUUCUGGGGAAUUAAGAUGAUGUAUUUCCUGCAUUUAAAAGAAAGAUGUUUGCAUCUGUUCUAGUUUGCAGGGAAGUUAGGAAGGUGUCUCCUUAGAAAGCCUGGCUGAAAUAUUUGCUGCAGGUUCCUUGUUUAUUCAACUCUAGCUAAAAUUACCAUUCAUUCUGUGAAGCAGGGAAUAAAGAUACUGUGAGCGUCAACAGAUUCUCAACUCUACUAUUGAUAUAGAUGAAGAUAGUAAGCUUGCCCUUUGAAGGAAACAUGAAAAACUGGCUGCCAGACAGCAUGUCUUUAGCAUAUUUUGUGACUUCUGAGGAAACAGGAAAACAAAUGUUUGUGAAACUUUUUCUCAGAGGAAGUCAGCCAAAUCAGGAUGAGAGUUUAGCCUUGUAGGACUGUGCAUUUGUCUCACAAAAAAAAAAAAAAGGAGGUUUUGUGUGCAUGAAAGUAGUAGACAUUUUCAUGUGUAAUAGUUAAAACAUUGUUUUCCAACUAGCCUGAGCCAAAUUUAUACCCUACAUGAGACUGUGACUUCCCAGGGAAUACCAGUAGUCCUCAACCUUUGGCACACCCUUCCUUAAAUCCUUUGUCUGCAGUCUAAAUUGGAUGGGAGAAUAAGACUAAAUCAUUAACAACUUGUCAUGUUUUAGUUUUCAUGAAGUUUAAGAACCACUCUUCAGGAAACUUUUCUGGGAGUAUGCAAAGACUGAACUAGAUUAGAGAGAAGAGUAACAGCUCCCCUGCUCAUUUUUCAAAUGGAAAGUUUCAGUGGCAUCUAUUGGCUCUCAUAAAGCUUUGGGAUGAGCCAAGUGACAAAGUUUUCUCUGAAAAGAACAAACAAAGGGAAACAACAGGUUUCAACAAUGGCUACCUAGAAAGAAAAUACUGGUGCCUGCUUCCACUGUUUGCUGCCUGCUGCAUUGAUUAAGUCUUUCGCACUGUCAGUUCUAGCUGAGAAGAUCCUGUGGGUUCUUGCUGUCAUGGGUCUCCAAGCUGAUCCUCAAAGGAAAGUAACAAGCAUAACUUUCUAAACUGUCUUUUUCUGUGGAGCCUGCAUCCCCUCUGAGCUCCUGUCUUUUACAGAAGCAGAUGAGAGUUCAUGUUAUUUAAUGAUACUGGUCUCAGACAGUCCACAUUAGCAAAGCAAACUUGUAUCAGUAUUUUAUUAGGGGACUUUCAAUUCUGGAAUUAAAAAACAUAAUGAUGAUGCUUCCUAAGGCCAGAACUGGAGCCUGAUAAGAUAGAAGAACAAAGAUUUGGAAGUUUUCCCACUUGUCAGCUCCACACCUGAUUUAUAGUAUAAAGCAAUCAUGGUCACAGAUAUUUAUUGAAGAGGAAGUGCAUCAUUGAUGAAACCUAUUUUUUUUUCAAGAGACAGAAAGAAAAUUGUUUUUUGUAAAAUGAAGAGCAAAUUGUUUGCGCUUUGGACAAAGGGAGGAAUAAUAGAUUAUUCUGGUCAGAGUGUUCAGUCACCAGCUCUUGGCAAAUCAUAAUAAAUUGGUUUCUGCCAUAAAAAAUUGGUUAAAACAGAAGAUAUGAAUAUCAUUAAGUGUUCUGUUGUUCAAAAAAUUCCCCAGUGCACUCCAUGUUUGGUUUGAGUGAUACAGAUUCCACACCACAUUCAGGCGUCGUUCCAGUCAUCCUGAUUAGCACUUACUCUUUCUUUGUCAUUGGUGCAACAGAAUCUAAUACCAUUUGCUACUGCAUCACUUAAGAUUCCCUGUGACGUUCUUGAAAAUUCUUCAAUUUACAGCUGAGAGUUCCUACAGUUAGGAACUUCUUCCAGGACACCAAGUGAUCCGUGGUCAUUGCCCAUAUCCAGGGCAAAGAAGAGAAAAGAGAAUUUCUAAAAGUUGCAUAAAAGCUGAGUGAAAUGUUGUUUUAAUCAAAUGUGGUUCAUUUUUUUAAAUUAUAAGUAUGCCAGAUUUUUUAAUUAUGUAUUAUUUAUUAUACUUUGGACUGUACACUGGGAAUAUUAUUCCUUCAGCAUUUAGCUUAAUGUUCAAAAAAUGUUUAUCAAAUAUGUUAAUUGAUCACAAGUUGGAUUUAUCACAGAGAAGCAAGAAAAUAUUUUUGUUUUAGGGAGGAAAAGUUUGAAAUAAAACUUAAGAGAUGUGGA